AUGCUGUCACGAAAUCUUGUAAUUGCUUCAGUGGCUGUUGUGUUUCUGGCGUCCACCGUAUCAACGGCUCCUGUUGAAGAUAAGGAGCCUGAGGAAAAUGACUUUGAGGCUGAAGAGGGUGAAGAAGAACUGUCUGAGGAGGAAGAGGAUGAUGAUGACUCCAAAGGUCAGCAUAUGAAGGGAGCCGGAUCGCAGCAGGCCACUGCAGCACCCAGAGGCUUGGGUAUGACUCCUGGCAGCACCGUGGCGGGCGAAUCCCCAAACGGUCAGAAACUUAAUGGAGGCACUCAAACUGGCCAAGUCUCAUCAGGCAGCAGCACAUCAACAGCUUCAAAUGGAGCUUCAGACGGAAGUAACGGAAGAGACGGGUACUCUCGCCCAUCUGGCUCUAGUUCUCAUGAUGCAAGUUAUGGUGGACAAGAUGGGUCCAAAUCAGAGAUAGUUCCUCCAGGUGUAGGAGCUGGAGGAGCAGGUGCUAAUGGAGGUUCAGGAUUUAAAGUCCCUGGCACAGACGGGGGCAUUCAUUCAGUGUCCAUUUCUGUUGUGUCAUCAGGUCAAGGGUCAUCAGGCCACAUAGCAGCAGGUCAUGGGUCCACAGUGAUAUCCAGCCACACGUUUGGCCGACCUUCAGCAGGACAGAUGUCAGACGGUGUGGGUGUAGUUUCCUCUGAGGUCCAAUCACAGCCUGCAGGGUCAGAGGGAUUCGCUCCACAUACAGAUGGCUCACAGUAUGAAAAUGGGGAAACCGCUCAUGAUGGAUCUCAAAUAGAGUCUCCAGAAAUCCCUGAGAUAGAAUCUAACGGCAAUGGACACAAACAGCUUCUGAAUGGAGGAGAAACAGGAUUUACAGGCUUGGAUCAUUUCAUGGCAGGCACAUCCCAGAUACAAGGAACAGGUGGUUUUGAUUCAGUUGGCACAAGCCCUCACCUGGAAAUUACAGGCAUAUUAGAUCAGUCAAGCCAUGACUUCCUUAUUGGCUUAAUGGGUGGAACAGGAGAGAGCUUUGGUCCAGACACCCAAACAGACGGGCUAGAUCACAUGGGACUCGCAUUUCAGGUGGAUUCGGCAGCCGCUGGCCUGAGUCCAGGGCACCCGUCCAGUGGCGGUCCGGUUCUAGACGCUCCUCCAGGACCAGAUUACCUGUCUGUUGACAAUGCGAAUGGUGAUUAUACUCAUUCAAUCAGCACGGCUGAUAAUGGAGCCCAAUCAAAAUCACCAGCUGAUACAACAGAUUCCUCAGUAGUCUUUGACACAAUGUCACAUCCGGGUCAUUCCUUCUUAGAUUAUUCAGAUGGUGGGGCAGAUAAUAAUGGUGCAGAUUUACCUGAUACAAAUGGAAAUGGAAACGGUCGGCACAAACCUGUGGUAGACAUACAGAAAGGUGACCCUCCAGGCGUUCAUCUCGACAUCAGCGGAACAGGCCAUCAGGACGCUGCAACGGAGAUGCAUCACACAGCUGUUGGUGCGCUUGACCAAAGUGACCACACUCUCAGUCCUUACGCUGACACGACUGGAUUUGACGGUGUCACCGGUGCAAGCAUGCAGACAGAUAUGGCAGGUGCGGCAGGUGAUCUAGUGACUGACGGACAGACUCAAACAGACAUGACAGGGCAGGGACACUUAGCUGUGACAGACGGCGUGCCGAAUUACACAGAUUCUGUGCGUGCGACUGGGACUGGAUUUACAGAUGCCUCAGAGACACAUAGUAGCAUGGUUCAGACAGACUUACCAGUCACAGGGGAUCCAUUCACAGGGGUUUCCUCACAGACAGAUGCCAUGGGCACAGGCCAACCUGGUGCUACGGAACAGACACAGCCAGCUGUAUCAGCAGGUGAACAGUACCACAUAUCUGGUCAGGGUCCUGAAGGUGCAGAAAAUGUGGAACUGGAAGAUACCUGCUGAUUUCCACAUGAAGCCGCGAGUGAGGUUUCUGCGCUACAGAUUUCAGUGCAGA